AUGAACAUGAAACGAGCGCCCCUCGGGUGUGCUUUGUGGUCUCUCUGCGUCGGUCUGGUUGUUUCCUGCGACUGGAGGCCAUUAGACAAUGACUUGGGAGCACCGUCCUUCGAUGCCGGAGCUACGAUCGUGGAACGCUUGGAUAUCUCCGACCCGGCGGACUGCCGGGAGAAAUGCUGCGAUGAUCUCCGUUGCCAGAUGGCUCUGCUGGGCUUCCCGGCUGACGGCCCGGCGCAGUGCCUGCUGGUGAGGUGCUUGUUCGGCGGCCACAACGUGUGCGAGCCGAGUCCCAACUCCCAGUUUCAGCUGGUCGGAUGGAAGAAGCCACUGAAGGCCGUCCCGCUUGUUGAGAACUCGAAACCCUCCAAAAAUGACACAAAUCCCUGUCUCCAGCCCAAGAAGGUCGGAUCGUGUCGCGCCGCCUUCCCCAAAUUCUACUACGACGUCGUCAACCAGACGUGCCGCAGUUUCACGUACGGCGGCUGUGAUGCCAACGCCAACAACUUCGAGAGCCGCGAAGACUGCGAGGCCACUUGUAAUGGAGUCACAGGUUCUGUUCUUCCUGAAGCGUCGAUGGCGGUGACACCUCGCAGUUCAGUGAAAUCUCUUCGAAUGGCGCAGCCCAUUGCCGAUCUAAGUGAACUGUGGGAUCUUGUCGAGGAUAAAGUGCUCUCUGCUGAGGACUAUUCUGACCGGUGUGAGGCCGAGCCGAUGGCGGGUCCGUGCAGGGCGGCCUUCCGGGCCUGGUACUACGACAGCCAGGCGCGCAAAUGCAAGACUUUCAUCUACGGAGGCUGCAGAGGCAACAAGAACAACUACGACAGCCAACAGAGCUGCUUGGAUACUUGCCACGUGAGCGUCGGUCCCACCCCCAAGAAGCUUGACUCAUCUGAUUCGCCUUCAGUUUCAGAAGACGACUGUUUGUCAUCUCCUGACCCGGGUCCCUGCCGCGCCGCCUUCCCCAAGUUUUACUACGACCCGGCCACAGGCAGCUGUCAAUCAUUCAUCUAUGGAGGUUGUGGUGGCAACAAAAACCAAUACAGCAGCGCUGAGGAGUGUCAGACCCGAUGCAGCGGCGCCACAGAUGGUUACUUUGCAGGUCGGGAUAAAACACGCAGCCGAUGGACCGCCGCCUUCAUUGUUCUCCUGACCCUGGCGGCCAUUUGCACCGUGGUGGUGUCCACACUAGUGGUGACCAUGCUGAGACGUCUGAGCCUGCCCCGCAGAGCCUCUGUUGUCAGUGACAAGGAAGAACUUCUUCCAGAGGUGCGCUCGUCUUUGGAGUCUCUGAACAUUCCGCCCUUGCCCAUCAGUGGCAAAGCCUGAGAAACUGGGGGGAUUGCUUUAGGUGGCGUACCUAAUAAAGUGAGUUUUUACUCGAUUGUCUAAUUCCUGUCUUUAUGCUAGGGUAAGAUAAGCAAAUGAGCUCACCAUUUAAUGGUAGGAUUUAUUGUCUUUGCUUUAAAGCGUUGAUGAUUUGCACCACUUGGCAUGUUUUUAAUGUUUUUAUUUUAUUGCUGAAGAACAUUGAGCAGCCUGAGUCACGUUACCUUUUAACAUUUAAUCACUUUUCUGGUAAACAUUUUUUCUUAUAUUACAUCUACAAGUUACAGCACAUUGCAUGAAAACAUGAACUAUUUGCAUUUAAUUAAACUUUUUCAUGAUGAAAUGUGACAUUUCAGUCAGAUUUGCAGGUGGAUUGAAUGUAAAAAGUUGAUUUGCUGUUAAUGAAAUCACGAAUAAAAUCAACUGUUUCAAUCUGUUAUAAUCAAUUCAAAAAAAUAUUUUUUUGAUUGGUUGGUUGUUGUUUUUUUUUAAAGGAAAUAUCACUCUGUUGGAAAAAAUGAUCUACAAUAAAUAAAGUGACAGUAAGGAGUUGAA